UGUACCCCACCUAGCUAGUACAGCGUCUUUACAAGUUACUUAUCUUGAAGCUCGCUGCGUUGCUUAUAGACCCGUUAUAGUAACCAUAUCUUGUCUCUCUUGAGAAAGCGCUAUGAGCGACGGCCAAGGACGCAAGAGUGAGCUCCAUGACUCCGCUUAUCUGGCGGAAUACCACAACCUGCGAGCGAGGGCAUGUGGUACGUCCCUGAAUGCGCAGGAUGAUGCAAAGAUCUACACCUCUGCCUUCAAGGAUCAGCUAGAGACUUACUCGCCUCUUGACCACCACGGUGAACACCUCGUCAUCCUAGACGUCGGUACAGGCGCUGGGCGCGUACUUGUCAAUCUCGCCGACCAUGCCGUGCGAGAAAAUAUCCCUCUGACAAAUGUCGAGUUCCUCGGGGUCGACAAGGAACCAGCGAUGAUCCAUCGUGCAAUGUCCGCGCAACAGCAGGCACGGAGCAUGUCACAAGUCGGUCGCAUUGAUUGGCUCGUCGGAGAAGCCCUCCAUCUCACCUCGUCAGAGCUGCUAGAGAACCACAUCAACAAGGUCGAUUUACUCCUCUUCGCAGGCGGCAGUGUCAGUCAUCUUAUCAGUCCCAAUGAGCCCUUGGGGUUUUUCGCUCAGGCUGCUGCGCUGCUUCGACCGCGGUCAGGACGCUUCUAUCUAUCUGUGCGAAAUGAUCUGACAUCAACGCAAUUGUCCCCGCAGCCCACGAAAGGGAGUACAACGGGUGUAGAUGUGCACGAUCAAUGUGAUUUUCCGAGUAAGCUCUAUGACGGUAUUGUUUAUAGGCAACUGCCGAUUGAGAGUUCGGUCGUCGAUGGGCCAAUCAAGACUGAUCGCUAUCUGCUUCAGGUGGUCAAGCGGACUGAUGCCGGCGGUGAGGAUAUUAUAGAAGAGAAUCGUAUUGAAACUGUGCUGAGGGUGUUUAGAGAGCCGGAGCUCCUGGAAUGGUUCAAAGAGGCCGGCCUAGAGUUCGUUGAAGCCCUCCAUACUUCAUAUGAGACAUACUAUGUUUUGAAGCAGGCUGACUGAGUGUUUAUAUCUCUGGGUUUUCAAACGGGCUUAUUGGUAUGCAUGGAUGCGUGCACGCGUAGCUUUUUGUCUUCUCCCUUUUGGCUGUGGACAUUUAAAGUCUUGUUAUACUACCACACAUGCCACUAGUUUACUCUAACCGUCAGUUGGAUUCUAC